GCCAUCUCUACAGACUUCAGCGAAAGCAGGCUAAACACAAUCGGUCGCGUGCACGCGACGUUGACGGCGACAAUGGCUCGGCUACGUGCGCGCUCCCGUGCUGAAGGAAUCAACAUGGCGCUCGCCGCCGGAUCAGGAGUUAAAGUCCCCCGCAAUUUCCGGCUACUUGAAGAGCUGGAGGAAGGGCAGAAAGGUGUGGGGGAUGGAACGGUGAGCUGGGGUCUAGAGGAUGACGAGGACAUGACUUUAACACGGUGGAGAGGAGUCAUCCUCGGUCCACCUCGAACAAGCUACGAAAACAGGAUGUACAAUCUAAAGGUUGAAUGCGGGCCAGGAUACCCAGAGUCACCGCCGUUUGUCAGAUUUGUCACCAAGAUAAAUUUGAACGGCGUGCAUACCUCCAAUGGUGUGGUUGACAUGCAUGCGGUGACUGCACUGGCCAAGUGGCAGAACUCCUACAGUAUCAGGACGGUGCUGUUGGAGCUCCGACGGCUCAUGACGUGCAAAGAGAACAUGAAGCUUCCUCAACCACCUGAGGGCCAGAUCUAUACUAACUGAGCCCCGUUUGUCUCCGUAUUGUCCUCCUCCUUAGCUACUGUCCCAACCUCAUUUUGUUGGCUAACUUUCCUUCAAUGCAUCCACAUUCCUUUGGCUAAGAGAACACAAGCAGAGCAGAAAACCUAAAGCAAACAAGAACAAUUACAGAAACAUGCAAACAUGAAGUAGAUCAUUACACACACACACACACACACACACACACACACACACACACACACACACACACACACACACACGCCUACGCACGUCAUUCCAAGAUACUCGUGUCCUCUCCCAUCACUGGAUCUCUUGGUGGACUCGACAUAAGCCGGCAGUCCACACCAGUUGUGACCAUUGGAACACUGUAUGUACAUCUUAAUCUUUUGUAUUAUUUGUGGAAAAUGGAUGAUUGUACAAAAACAUAAAUAAUCUUAAUAAGUGUA